UUGCAGAUUAUUUGAAAACAUUGAUCGUGACAAAGAUAAUUGCAUAUCGCAAUCUGAGUUGAAACAACUGGUUAUGAAUAUCAAGUUUCGUAAUAUGCCUUUAGACGCAGAUGAAGCGGUUGAAAAAAUAAUGGAAGAGCUUGACAUAAAUGGAGAUAAAGUGCUUAAUGAGGAGGAGUUUGUCGCUGGUUUCUCAAAAUGGCUCAACACAGCCAAUAAUCAAACUCCCAACUCAAUAGAGUCUGUGGAUGAAAUAAAGCAAAAAAAAUGGGAAGAGACAGACAUGUCGGUAGAAGAUAGACGUGUUGAUACAUCUCCAUGGGUAUAGAUAAAGGCUAUAAUGCUUUUGGUGGUAGGAAUUGCCCUAGUAGAACCAC